CAUCAGUAAACUCAUAAAGAAAUGUACACGAUUGUUACUUCUACCUAGAUUGUUUAUUCUUAGAUGUAGGUCUAGAUUAGAAUAAUGAUUCCUACUUUCAAAUUAGUGCUUUCUUUAUAAAAAUGCAAGGUCGUGAUUCACUACUUAAAUUUGUGCUUAUCCAAAUAUUGAAUAUUCUCAACACCUUUCCUUUGUGAUCUUAUUGUUUUUUGCGUGGCUUCAAUCAUAAAGAUAAAUGAUGGACUGGUCUGCAGUUAAAAAUCAUUUCAAACAGACUUGGCUGACAACAAGUCUCAGUCUGGUUUUAUUCUCCGGUGUAACAUAUUUUUUACUAUGGGCAGAGAGUCAAACAAUCCAAAGUAACUUGAUGUUGGAAGAGUUGAUAUCUGUUGCUGAGAGUAUAGAUGUCCAUACAGGAGAUGAGGCUACGAGAUAUGAGAGCCGUGUUGUACAUAUUGUAGGUCCAUUAAGAAUCUUAGAGCCUAUAUCUGAACCAGAUUAUAAUAUACAAGUUCAAGCUGUGAAACUGAGAAAGAGAGUACAAAUGUAUCAAUGGAUAGAAGAAACCACUGAUCAAGAGAAUUUCCUUAGUGAGCCUGCUGAGGAAUCACGGAAAACUUACUGGUAUCACAAAGAUUGGAGGGAUUAUAUUGUAGAUUCGUCCCUUUUCUACAUCAGGCCAGGCCACCAUAAUCCUACUUCUAUGCCCAUAUUCAGUGAGACUCAUAUUGCAGAGAAUGUGAAGAUUGGGUGGUUAUACCUUGGUUUGGAUGUAAAACGCAAAGUGAAUGAUUAUUAUGAAAUUUGGUCAGAUUCGAGGCCAGAGAGGAGUGAUAUUAAAUUGCACUCAGGGUUUUAUUACCAUGGCAAUAGCGCUUUGCAACAUGAGAUAGGUGAUCUUCGUAUACAUUUCUCAUAUGCUGGAAGGGAGGAUGAUAUAUAUACAGCAGUGGGUCUUGUUGAAAGUGGCACUCUCCAAUCCUAUAGCCCUGCGAAUUUUCCAGCUGCUGACCCCAUCUCCCUACUGCGUAAAGGUUCUUACAGUCUUAAACAACUAUACGACUUGGAGAAACGCGAUGCUAACAUUCACACAUGGAAAUAUAGAUUGCUGGGAUUUGUACAAGUAUUUGCAUCAGCCAUGACACUUCAUCCUGAUUGGAUUACUUUGUUUCUUCAGUGCCAGUGGAUAUCAAGCAAUUUAAGAAGAUGCACAAGAGUUUGGGUCAAUUUUAUUCUUUCAUUUUCUUAUACAUUGUUCAUCAUUGCUAUACCUUGGUUGGUGCACAAACCAUCAUUUGGCGUUAUGGUUUUGGGCGGGGCGAUUCUCCCAUUGUUGCACUACUCUACUUUACUCACCCGUCGAGAGAUGGCACCCGAACCGCCGCCGUACACAAGAUGGAAUGACAACCUUCGCUGAUCGACAGAUAAAUGGCUUUGAAAAGGUCUCUGAAUCCCAAGCUCUAAGUACCCUAACCCCGUCCUUUUGCGUAAACAACGCUGCAAGUAGAGCUAGCUAGCUAUCCCUACAUGAUACGAUGACUAUAGGGUAAGAUAAUGGCAGGAGAAAUAAGUGGUGUGUCGAUCAAUCGGAGCAGAGUUCUUAUUACGUUUACUAUAUUUACAAUGUAAUCUUUAUGUUUGUGGUAUAUUUAUCUAUAAAAUGUAUUAUAAAAUGAUUCUUUAAAAUUUCAUUUAUUUACUUAAAUUUUGUUAAGCAAUAUAUUGUACAAUGAGUGAGCUUAGUGCUAUCAACAUUAUCUAUUAAGCAGUCUUUGAGAGUGCAAAGAUACUUAUAGAUGAUUUACGUCUUAUAGCAUUAUUAUUAUUAUACAGUCAAUCUCAGUAUUGCCAUAAUACACUAAUAACCCCUUUAUUAAAUUUUACACAAAGUUUUAAUGUAAGUAUAUAAUAGAUUAAAAUUAGAUAUAGAUAUCAAUGUCAUCGAGGUUUAUACAUUUUAAAUUAUUGCGAAUAGUGAAUAAUACGAAUGAAGGAAACCAUAUCGUAGUUUAGAAUUAAGUAAAUGAACCAAAUAGAAUUCCUAAGCGUACUUUACUAUUUUUGAAGCAAAUAUUUGUUUAUACAUUUAUAAUGUUGUGAUAACACAUAGAUAUAAUUUACACCGUAUUUUAAGUGCAUUAUUAAUUAGUAUAGAACAUUAAUUCUUGCCAACGCUUAUUUUUAGCCUAAGAGUUUAUGUAAAACAAAAUGUUGCUUGUUUUCUUUAUUGUUGAUUCGUUUAAAUAAACUGUACUUAUAAAUUUA